CCUGAGCACUGGGAUUAAAGGCAUGCACCACCAUCUCCCAGCAAAAAUGAAAUUUUUAGAAGAUUAAAAUGGAGUAAAGAAUAUUGAAGUUAGGCAGAGAAAGUGUGAUAUACAUUUAGACCGAAACCCUGAUGUAUGCAAAGCAAAGGAAUAGACUAUAUGGCAGAACUAUUCAUGGGCUACAUGACUCAGUGGUUAAGAGCACUUGCUGCUCUUGUUGGGGACCCAGGUUCUGCUCCCAGCACCCAUGUCUGGCAGCUCACAACUGCCUGUAAUUCCAACCUCGUGAUCCAAUGCCGCCUUCUGGCCUCUCCAUUACCUUAUACACUUGUGGUAUGCAUUUACACAGACACACGCACACACAGAUACAGAUCCGUCCUGAAAACUAAUUCCAGAGAAAAGCCCUGAAAUUGAGCUCUGUUGAGAGAACAAGUCACAAACAUCGAGAGCAGCCAUAAAGAGCUGAGGGCCAGGGUGUGGCUCAGUGAUAGUGCACUCGUUUCCCAUGCCCAGGGGUGUUUGAUGCCACCUGUUGAAAAUCAAAAUCCAACUUCCGGGCAGAAGGAAUGAGGAGCUUAUAAGGAAAAGUAAAGGCAACGGGUAGACAUCAACAUUUCAGCCCAAGAAAAGCAUCACUGACAGUCAGUCCUCAGGGUGAGAAGGGUGAGCCAAGGAUUUGAAGGGUACCAACAGAACAAGAGCCCAGUUAAGCCCCUCACCUGUGUGCCUUUCCCGGAAAUGUAAUGGUGACUGAGCUUUGGACAACCCCAGUGACCAGAGAGAGGCAGGCAAAGGUGGCAGUGAGCGGGGGCUGGCUUCAAGCACAGGACCAGACACCUGCCUAUGGGGACACUGAAAAUGGAAAGGGACUCGUUAGGGCAUUUAGUGUGCCUGUGCCCAGAAGGCAGCCUGCGUCAAACCAGUAAGUGAUUCCUGUUGUGAUUCGAUCGUCACCCACAGUGGUGAUGGGAGCUGUGUCAAGUGGGAGGUACUAAAUAGUUUCAAUAAAAACUUUCAGCUGCUGAGAGUACUUAUGGCAAUUGCCACUGUGGAUUCAUGAGUUUUUAUUUGAAAACAAAACCCAGAACAGGCACUAACUGAUUUUGCUCCCGAGUACUGCUUUUGGAAAGCUGUCGGUGGUGGGUCUGGGGUAAGCGGCAUACAAAACAAACGGGAUGCUGCUGAGGGCACUGGACCCAGGGAGGACGACAAGCAUGGAGGAGGCUCACACCAGAGAUGGGCAGUUUUAACCUGGUGAAUUUAAACCAACGCUUGUUUUUGCUGUGGUACUGGGAUCCAGCCUAGAGUCUUGGACAGUAUAGAUCAGGGCCCUGCCACAGAGCUGCAUUGCCAGCCUCCUUUCUGCUUCUUAUUCUGAAACAAGAUCUUGCUAAGUUGCCCAGAUUGGCCUUGAACUCAUAGCCCAGGCAGGCCUCAGCCUCCCAGGUAGCUGACACUGCAUACCUGUGCCACCAGGACAGGGAAGGGAGAGACUCAUUUGGUCACUUUGGCGAAGACUAACUAGAGAACCAACCUACGCUUGAAAACUGGGCAGAUGUCCUGCCUACAACCUCCUGAAGUGAACUGAGUACCAAGAGCUUGACUCUGAUGUGGUGUCUUGAAAUCAUUACAGCUGCUGUCCCACAAACAGAAUAGCUGCCCCUUCCAUGAUCUGAGCAUUGUCCCAGGGCAAUACAAGAAGCCUUUCUUCUGGGAGAGGACAAGACAGCAUCGCGAGCCUCUUUGAGGAGGCUGGGCUACAAAGGGGUGGGCUGUCAGCCCACUAGUCCAGAGGUGGCAUCAGUGUACUGAGUAGCCAGCAGGGCCAUAUGGGCCUGCUUUCUAAGAGUUUCAAAUGUCAUGUGUGUGAGAGUUGUGCCUACAUGCAUGUCUGUAUACCACAUGCUUGCCUGGUACCUGUGGAGGUCAAGAGGGUGUCAGAGCCCCGGGACCUGGAGUUUCAGAUGGUUUUGAGGCACCAUGUGGGUGCUGGGAAUCGAACUUGAGUUCUCUGCAAGGACCACAAGUGCCCUUAACAGCUGAGCCAGUUCUGUUUUUCCUGAGACAGUGCAACCGGGAGAAGCUGACUCUUCAGUCCCCUGCUAAAUGUCCACAGUCCCACUUCCAAACGCCUCUGCCCUUCAGAACCGAGUGUCCCUGUUGAGCCCAGGCAUCAGCUAAAAACGGAACUCCACCUUCUGAUCACUUAACAGUUUGCUUAUUUACAGAACAGGCACACUUAACUCAAUAACCAGACAACUUAGGAAAAGUCAGAGUCUAAGGAAAGAACAUGCCUGAAUUCUCCUCGCCCCUUAUGGCCUUAGCCACUGAUGGCCCUGAGGGGUGGUGGAUGUAUCUUCCACCCCUGCAGGUCUCUGUCCUGAGCUCCCACACUUACUGCUGUCUUCAACAUUCAGACUUCAUGUCAUGACUGCAAAUACUGUUCAAAGAUGCACAUACACACAGUACCCUGGCACUCAGAAUCAUUAAACUUGGUGUUGUAUUUUGUGUGUGCAUGGGAGAGUGUUGGCACAAGCAUGCCACCACGCACAUGUCGAGGCCAAGGAAAACCUGAGGGAGUUGGGGUUCUCCUUCCAUCAUGUGGGUAUUACGGUUGAAUUCAGAUCGUCGGGUUUAGGGCAAGCACAUUGGCUUGCUGAGCCAUCUCCCAGACCCUAUUAUGGCACUUGAAUACAUAUGUGUCACUAUUUUGUUUUUACUUACUUCCUCCACCAUCCAGGUACUGGGCCCCUUCCCCCUCUUAAAUAGUCCCUCCUGCUUCUCUCAUAUAUCUCAUUAUUCUUUCAUUGCCUGUCCUUUUAGACCUCUUCCUCCCCGUCUUUCUGCCUUCAUUUUUCGCAUGCAUUUGCGAGCGUGUGUGUGUGUGUGUGUGUGUGUGUGUGUGUGUGUGCGCGCGCGUGCGCGCGUUCGUGCAUACGUGCGUGUAUAUACAUGUGUCUGCCCACUCUGUGUGCCCAUCCACAAGUAUGCACAGGCCAGUGGCAGAUGUAGUGUAUUGAUCUUCACAUAGACACUGAAGCUGCAUGUGUUGGCUAGGUUGCCUUGCCUGGAAACUCCUGGAAUCCAUUUGUCUCUACCCACCAGCCAGAAUUGGAGAGUCAGGUCUCCAUCCCUGGCUUUUGUAUGGGCUCUGGGGAUUUGAACUUGGGACCUCUUGCUUCCACAGCAAGUACUUUUACCCAAUUGAUGCAUGGACUGUUGUUUAGUACUUGGAACUAGGAACAUUUCGGAAAGUAGUGUUGCUGGGGCACAGAGCCCAACCCCUGCCCCCAAGGUUCUUGUUCUUGAUCGAAGGGGACUUGGACAGACAGUUUGAUUAUGUUAGAGGGAGAGAGACUUAUUGUAUAUGGGGUGUGGGUAUUCACAUGGGUCCGUGGAAUCAAGAGACGGGUACCUCAAGGAUGAUUCUAGCCUUUCCCAGCUGCAGGGAGGUCAUUUCUCUGAACUGAACCACUCUUGCUUGGCAAAGGGCCCUUUUAUCCUCCAGUUUACACCUUUGAGCAAGUUAAUCUUUGUACCCCAACACCUCUCAUCUAAGCUUCCCCAAGGGACAAUGCCACCUGCCAUGUUCUGGGUUCUUCUUCAGCCCAAUUUGCUGCAUAGGCUUUGCACUUCAGAUUCACAUAGAGGGUACCGGGAAACAAAAGGCUGGGUGCUAACACUGGAGUCAAAUUCUUCCUACAGAUACUGCUGUGAGCAUAAGGGUCCAGGUAUGGGAGAAAGGAAAGAAGAGAGAGAGAAAGCCAUACUUUGAAUAGAGCGUGGGAGACGGGAGGAAGGCUAGGGCCCAAGGCCUUGCUUCCUGGAGUUGUUGAGGGUGCACAGUUCUCCCAGGGUGCCGUGGGCAUUAGGUGAAAGAGCCGCUCUUGAUCCUUUGGGAUCAACCAAGGAGGAAGUACAUACUCUUUGCAAUAUUUGUUUUAACCUUUUGGUCAGCUAAGAGUUGCUGUGUGUGGCCUGGAACUCAGGGUGUCUAGGAAGGCUCCAUUUGUCUCAGCUUUGGGCCCUGACAACAGCUGUGUUUUCUCUCACCUGUCCCCGCUUUACCUGUGGGGCCAUUGCUUCAGCCUCACCCCGUCAGCCUCCAUAGGCUGUGAUCUUUAUCCUCCGCUGAGUUUAUUUUUCAUUUAGCCCCUGAGGGCCAGCGCCUGACUGUGAGCUCUGGGCUGCUUGGAGAGUUCUAGUCUAAACCUUUGAAAUAGGCCUCCUUUCAAAUUUUACACACAUGCACACACACACCCAUACCCAUGUGGAGGUCUGCAGGGAGCAUCUUAUGAUGGGGCUCCUGAACCCCUGUGGGCGGGCCUUCAUAAGGGCCGUUAUGGACCACUCACCAUUUGUCUCAGGAAGCCAACCGUGAUAGUCAUGUGUCCUGGGCAAAGGACCCCUCCCUCCCUCCCUCCCUAGCUUCCCGUUGCAUUGCAGGUUGCCUUGUAGCCACCAGAUGUGGGGUUGCCAGGCCUCGGGUGUCCCUCCAGCCCAGUGGGCCACUGUUCCUCAUUUGCCCGCAUUGCCUCAGAGGCCGCGUGUGAGCACUGGGAGCUGGUGAUGGGAAGAGAGCUUCCAGUGGACCGUGAGACCCGGCUUUGAAAGGAGACUUCAGGGCGCCACCUGAGUUGGUUGGCAGGCUGGACCUGUGGACAUCCUCAUCAUGGAUGACGACGACGUCCCCAGCUGGCCCCCGACCAAGCUGUCCCCACCCCAGUCCGCGCCUCCACCUGGGCCCCCUCCCCGGCCGCGGCCGCCUGCACCCUACAUCUGCAACGAGUGCGGCAAGAGCUUCAGCCACUGGUCAAAGCUGACGCGGCAUCAGCGCACGCACACAGGCGAGCGGCCCAACGCUUGCAGCGACUGCGGCAAGACCUUCUCGCAGAGCUCGCACCUGGUGCAGCAUCGGCGCAUCCACACGGGCGAGAAGCCAUACGCCUGCUCCGAGUGCGGCAAGCGCUUCAGCUGGAGCUCCAACCUCAUGCAGCACCAGCGCAUCCACACGGGCGAGAAGCCCUACACCUGCCCCGACUGCGGCCGCAGCUUCACACAGAGCAAGAGCCUAGCCAAACACCGGCGCUCGCACAGUGGCCUCAAGCCCUUCGUGUGCCCGCGCUGUGGCCGCGGCUUCAGCCAGCCCAAGAGCCUGGCGCGCCACCUGCGGCUGCACCCAGAGCUGUCAGGGCCGGGUGUGGCGGCCAAGGUGCUAGCGGCCAGCGUGCGGCGUGCCAAGGCGCCCGAGGAGGCGGCGGCGGUGGACGGCGAGAUCGCCAUCCCCAUGGGUGAUGGCGAGGGCAUCAUUGUGGUGGGCGCACCGGGGGACGGUGCCGCAGCAGCCGCAGCCCUGGCGGGGACAGGGCAGCGGGCAGCGGGGCCACGGUCUCGGAGGGCGCCGGCGCCCAAGCCGUACGUGUGCAUGGAGUGCGGGAAGGGCUUUGGGCACGGGGCCGGGCUGCUGGCCCACCAGUGCGCGCAGCACGGGGACGGGCUGGGGGCAGUGGGUGGUGAAGAGCCCGCACACAUCUGCGUGGAGUGUGGCGAGGGCUUCGUGCAGGGCGCUGCGCUGCGGAGACACAAGAAGAUCCACGUGGUUGGGGCGCCGUCGGUCUGCAGCAGCUGCGGACAGAGUUUCUAUCGGGCAGGCGGGGAGGACGACGGCGAGGACCAGUCGGCGGGUGUGCGGUGUGCCGAGUGUCGCGGUGGGGAGGCCCGGUAGGGACGGGGGUGCCCGAGGGGUGGGCAGGGCCCCUCGGGCUCAGUGGGGACUAUCAGCGAGCAAGACCACGAGGCCCAGGGAGAACCGGACCGAGAGGAGCAGCGGCCUCCCUCCUUCCUCGGCCCACGCUGUCCUGGGUGUGAGGGGGACCCUCGGCCAGCGGGACAGGUUCUCAGGACUGCCCACAGCCUCUCUGCUGACCCGCACCGGCCCUGUGUAGGUUCCCAGCCUGGGAGCCAGAGACAGUGUGUGAGAGAACUGUGUAGAUCAAUCGGCACAAGACCCUCAAUGGAGAGGACAUCCCCCACCGCAGGUGUGGGCCAUGGUGUCCUAAGGAAUGGAGGGAAUCCUGGCCUUGUGCACCAAGAGGGUCUUCCUUCCCUUCUAGAAUUUUCUUUUAAUCAUACCUUUUUGACCUCUCCCGUUCAUUAAUUUUUCUGCCCCGUGGGUCCUUGUCGAUUUCCUAGCCCAAGUCGUCCCUCUCCCUCCUGGAUUUGCAGUAGCAGAGGAGUGAAGAAGUAGCAGCCUGCUCCCAGCACGGUCAUUGAGAGGACGGACGGACGGACGGACGGGGUCCUGUGUGCUCCCUGUCCUGGCGGUGGAAGAGGGGAUGUGGGAGCAAUAAAUGGCACUAUUCAAUUGUC